ACGCGCAAAGCGCCACGUUGUCCUUCGCAGCCCCGGAAAAGCAAGGAAGGAAAAGCGGAAAAGCCAGGCGUCGCGUUGAGCGGGCAUCGAAAAGUAGGCAACACAGCUCCUGCUGCCUGCUGCCUGGUGCCACGAAAAUGCUGGAUGUUUGCUCGAGAAACCAUUGAAAUCGUCGCACAAAACACCUCGUUUAUCCUCCCCCAGAAACUAUAGACUUCCGCAUCAUGGCUGUGGCUGGGUUUGUUUUUUGCCGGCCAUUGUUCGGGCUCGCCAUUGUUCUCCUGGUGGCGCCAAUUGAUGCCGCCCAGAGGCACACUGCCUCGGAUAAUCCCUCGACGUACAACAUUGGCGGCGUACUGAGCAAUUCCGACAGCGAGGAGCACUUCAGCACCACAAUAAAGCACCUCAACUUCGAUCAGCAGUAUGUGCCGCGCAAGGUCACCUACUACGACAAGACCAUCCGCAUGGACAAGAAUCCCAUCAAGACGGUCUUCAAUGUGUGCGACAAGCUCAUCGAGAAUCGGGUGUACGCCGUAGUCGUUUCGCAUGAGCAAACCUCAGGUGAUUUGUCGCCGGCGGCCGUGAGUUAUACAAGCGGAUUCUAUUCAAUUCCCGUCAUUGGCAUCUCCUCGCGGGACGCGGCCUUCUCCGACAAGAACAUCCACGUCUCCUUCCUGCGGACGGUGCCGCCGUACUACCACCAGGCGGAUGUCUGGCUGGAGAUGCUCAGCCACUUUGCCUACACGAAGGUAAUCAUCAUCCACAGCUCCGACACGGAUGGCCGGGCCAUCCUGGGUCGCUUUCAGACCACAUCGCAGACCUACUACGACGACGUGGAUGUGCGCGCCACCGUGGAGCUGAUUGUCGAGUUCGAGCCCAAGCUGGAGAGCUUCACCGAGCACCUCAUCGACAUGAAGACCGCCCAGUCCAGGGUCUACCUCAUGUACGCCAGCACGGAGGACGCCCAAGUAAUCUUCCGCGAUGCGGGUGAGUACAACAUGACCGGUGAGGGUCACGUGUGGAUUGUGACGGAGCAGGCUCUGUUCUCCAACAACACUCCGGACGGAGUGCUUGGUCUCCAGCUGGAGCACGCACACAGUGACAAGGGGCACAUCAGGGACAGCGUUUACGUUUUGGCGUCGGCCAUCAAGGAGAUGAUUUCCAACGAGACCAUUGCCGAGGCUCCCAAGGAUUGCGGCGAUUCGGCCGUUAACUGGGAAUCGGGCAAGCGACUGUUCCAGUACCUCAAAAGCCGUAAUAUCACCGGAGAAACGGGUCAGGUGGCCUUCGAUGACAAUGGUGACCGAAUCUACGCCGGCUACGAUGUGAUCAACAUUCGGGAGCAGCAGAAGAAGCACGUGGUUGGAAAGUUUAGCUAUGACAGCAUGCGGGCCAAGAUGCGGAUGAGGAUUAACGACAGCGAGAUCAUUUGGCCGGGAAAGCAACGUCGCAAGCCCGAGGGCAUCAUGAUUCCCACCCACCUGAAGCUGCUGACCAUCGAGGAGAAGCCCUUCGUCUACGUGCGGCGCAUGGGCGACGAUGAGUUCCGCUGUGAGCCGGAUGAGCGUCCGUGUCCGCUGUUCAACAACUCGGAUGCCACAGCCAACGAGUUCUGCUGCCGCGGCUACUGCAUCGACCUGCUGAUCGAGCUGUCCAAGCGGAUCAACUUCACCUACGACCUGGCCCUCUCGCCGGAUGGCCAGUUCGGGCACUACAUCCUGCGGAACAGCACGGGAGCGAUGACGCUGCGCAAGGAGUGGACGGGCCUCAUCGGGGAGCUGGUCAACGAACGUGCCGACAUGAUCGUGGCACCACUAACCAUCAAUCCGGAGCGUGCCGAGUACAUUGAAUUCUCGAAGCCAUUCAAAUAUCAAGGCAUUACAAUACUCGAGAAGAAACCGUCACGAUCGAGUACUCUCGUGUCUUUCUUGCAGCCGUUUAGUAACACGCUAUGGAUCUUGGUAAUGGUGUCGGUCCAUGUUGUGGCGCUCGUGCUCUACCUGCUGGACAGAUUCUCGCCGUUCGGACGCUUCAAGCUCUCGCACUCGGACAGCAACGAGGAGAAGGCCCUCAACCUCAGCUCCGCGGUGUGGUUCGCCUGGGGAGUCCUGCUGAACAGCGGGAUUGGCGAGGGCACGCCCCGGAGCUUCUCCGCCCGGGUGCUGGGAAUGGUCUGGGCCGGAUUUGCUAUGAUCAUCGUCGCCUCGUACACCGCCAACCUGGCUGCCUUCCUCGUGCUGGAGCGGCCCAAGACCAAGUUGAGCGGCAUCAACGACGCCCGGCUGCGGAACACCAUGGAGAACCUGACCUGCGCCACCGUCAAGGGCUCCUCCGUGGACAUGUACUUCCGUCGCCAGGUGGAGCUCUCCAACAUGUACCGCACCAUGGAGGCGAACAACUACGCCACCGCCGAGCAGGCCAUCCAGGAUGUGAAGAAGGGCAAGCUCAUGGCCUUCAUCUGGGACUCAUCUCGGCUGGAGUACGAGGCCUCCAAGGAUUGCGAACUGGUUACUGCCGGAGAGCUGUUCGGACGCAGUGGGUACGGAAUUGGACUGCAAAAGGGUUCGCCCUGGACGGAUGCAGUCACUCUGGCCAUCUUGGAGUUCCACGAAAGCGGUUUCAUGGAAAAGCUGGACAAGCAGUGGAUCUUCCACGGACACGUCCAGCAGAACUGCGAGCUCUUCGAGAAGACGCCCAACACUCUGGGGCUUAAAAACAUGGCGGGAGUGUUCAUACUGGUGGGUGUGGGCAUUGCCGGCGGCGUGGGCCUGAUCAUCAUCGAGGUCAUUUACAAGAAGCACCAGGUGAAGAAGCAGAAGCGCCUGGACAUUGCCCGACAUGCGGCGGACAAGUGGCGGGGCACCAUAGAGAAACGAAAGACUAUUCGUGCCUCGCUGGCGAUGCAGCGACAGUACAACGUGGGCCUGAACUCCACCCAUGCCCCGGGCACCAUCAGUCUGGCAGUGGACAAGCGCCGGUAUCCUCGCCUCGGUCAGCGACUGGGACCGGAGAGAGCCUGGCCAGGAGACGCCGCCGACGUUCUGCGCAUCCGUCGGCCCUACGAACUGGGCAAGCCUGGUCAGAGUCCGAAGGUGAUGGCCGCCAACCAGCCGGGAAUGCCCAUGCCCAUGCUGGGCAAGACACGGCCCCAGCAGAGUGUCCUGCCACCUCGUUACUCGCCCGGAUACACCAGCGAUGUGUCGCACCUGGUCGUCUAAGUUAACAUUUUGCCAAAGCAGUUAGAACUUAGAAUCAAGUAUUAUCUUUGCUCAGCCCAUGGCGAUAGCCAGCUAAAGAGAAUUUAAUUGUAGCAAAUUGAUUGUUAUCGCUGAAAGGAAUGGCCAGGACCAAAAAAGGACGAUUAGCGUAAUCUCACACAACAUUUAUGUAAUUUUUGCAUUGUUCCGUCGUUGGUCCUGUGCGAUUGUCUGUUAUAUCAGAGUCUAGGUGUAUUAUUGGAUGGUCUAUUAAGUUUUUGUAGUUUUCGACGGAUUUAUGUGAGGUGCUGGAGGUAGUUUCAUUUCACUCUGAGUUCACGCUUUCAAUUUGCAUACUGUUUCCCCCAACUACUAUAUCUCCGCUUUAGCUUUUCUCAGCUUUUUAAUAGAACUCCCAUGGAAAAGAAAAGAUACAUAUAUCGAUUAAUGCAUGACCAGAAUCUUUCAACAACACACAAUUCACCACAAAACCCACCCAUUGUUGCAAGUCGUAUACCAAAGUCUAUUCUCAUCCAAACCCGAUUUUGGAUCUGGGCAUAAGUUUGCCUCAACUGAAAGCUCCGAUAGCCUGUACAACUAUACAAAUUAUAUUUCGUCUUGAAAAAAAAAAGCUUGAGAAACUUAGAUUUCAUCGAUUGCAAUAGUGGAUACAGAAUCCAAGAAAGGGCAAUUCCCAGAAAGCAAUUAACUAGACAAAAUAAAUUAAACUGAAGGAAGCUUAAACGAAAUUUUUAAACAACAAGAUUAUAUAUUAUAUGUAUACAUAACAUAUUGGUAAGAUUCAGUGUGAAAGUUAACAGCAUAAAUGUGAAGCAUAAGAAGCGAAAUUCAAGAACAAACAAUAUUUAUUAGUGGAAUUUGAAUUUUAAAUGUUUUGCGUGUGUAAACCGUUUAUGCGACUAAAAUAAAUAUUUAAAACAAACUAGUA